AUGAUGCUUGCCAUCAACUUGAUUCCAUCAUGCAAUUUGUAUUCCUAUGACCCAGGCACUGAUACUUCUCGCCAAUAUACAUACAAUGCCCCCUCAACCUCGGAAUUCAUUGAGGCGGUUCGCAAAGUCAAGUUUGCAUUCAACACCAACGAGGCCAUCAGACCGUACACACCAGAUCGAACAUCGAAAAAAAUUUUCAUACGUUUAUUCAACACAGUACAUUGGUUAGAUGAGGUGUGUAAAAGUGGUUGUAUGCCUGAGUACCACGCGGAGAUGGUCAGUGAUGUGGUCGAGCCAUUGUUGAACGACGACACAAUUCGAGCGAUCAUGGAACGUUUGGCUCCAAGGAAACAGGAAUUUUGGCGAAGUUUGGGUAAAGCAUGGAACACACCCAGUGAACAGUGGCCAAAUCCGUUCAAUCGAUAUAUGCCUCAGUUUGAUAGUCCGGCAUUAGAUGAGAAACCAAAACGGUACGGGAGCUACGAAAAGACCAGUACCUCGAAUAACAUGUUCCGUUCACCAAGCCUUGGAAUUCUAACCCAGACCGAUUCUCCCAAGAUUCAAUUCCCUGAACCCAAUUCACCACCGAACGCAUUCCCUGAACGGUCAGCAGUAUCGGUGACACAGUUGCCAUCCGAUGUGGAAGAGAGAAUGUCACCACCCAGGGUAAUNGUAAUUUUGGAUUAUGAUCUACCGGCAUCGGCAAGACCAGCACCAGUAUCAACACCCGUUUCGGUGCCAUCACCAGAACCUACAGCUCCGGUACCGUCCGCUCCGCGCACAUCACUCACCACACCACCGGAACUAUCCGUACGUCCGCCAUCACCGUUGAUUCCCCAAAUUUCAUCGUCACCACCGAUAUCCCUGCCUACAGAAUACGUCUCAAUGGUCUCUCCGUUGCAGUCAACUGCCAAAGAAGUGAGAGCGGAAUCACCCAAAAAGCAAACUCCUUUAUCUACCUAUUCCACCAGUACCACACAACCGACGGUGCAGCAUGAUCACGGAUCAACAAAAUCUCAAGCCUCGACCGGAGAGUUUUACUGUGUCACUAUUCGUCACGUGAGUGCAAAGUCCCGUGAGAUCAGUGUCUCUCCUGGUACCGUGGUUGAAGUCCUAGACAAAUCUCAAAUUGAUUGGUGGGUCGUUAGAGAUCCUCAUGGGUCAGAGGGUGAAAUCCCCAAAUGGAAACUGAAACCCUAUACCGGAACUCAACAGGGUCAAGUGAAUCGGCAGUCCGGGCUCAGGCCAACUUUCCCCCAACCCAGUGUACCUUCCAGUCGUGACAAAUUGCCCGCUCAACCAACAUCUGCAUCGUCCACUAAUCCAACAAUUAACACCAGUUCGCUAACCAGCACAGUAAAUCGAUUACCCACAAACCCCGCUUUCAGUCAGGAUCGUCCCGCGCAUAUGACUGGUCCAUCACCGGAACGGUCCCAAACUAAUCACGUGACCACACAGUCAAUCAUCAUAAACCAAUCUGAACCCAAAAUGAAUAUUCUCGGAGCGGACAAUGCUGACAUGGAUAUGGAACGUGUAAUAUCCAUUGGCAAACGAAACGAAUCACCCGUCACUGUGGUCACAUCUCAGCCAACCGGAUUCAUGUCUACCGCUGCACAAGCCGGACCUCCGGGAAACAUGCUCUAUAUGACUUCCGAUCAACUACAGGAAAUUAUGAAGUCCUCUGAAAGCUUAGCACAAGUCCCCAUGGUUUUAGUUCCGGUAUCCGAACUGUACAAAUAUGCAUCCCAGUCUAAUUUAAAUGUGAACGCGAUGAAUGGGGCCGGUUCGCAACCAAUCGGUUCGGUUCCCAUGCCAAUGCAGUGGCCCGAUCUGAAUGAGUUAAGUGAUCGUCCUCAUUCACCCAGUAUGGGUAACGUCACUGGGAUGAUGUCCGAAUGGAAACCAGCACCGCUCGUCCCAACAGGAUCACCUACUCACAUGCAUACAAUGACACGAGAACUACGUGAGAGACUGUCAAAAAUGCGUGAGGGCGGUGGAAGUGGCCUGAAAGCGGUUCCAACACCAACUACUUCGAAUGAGAAAAACUUUGGCCGGUUGACUAAAUACGACAGCAAAGACGAUAUUGCCGAUUGGCUUGUCGCACGACGGUUUCCCCCCAAGUAA